AAAAGAGCCUGUUCUGUUAAGUGUUUUUGAAUAGCUCCAACAAAACAUUAAUAUUCUAGUUGUAUUAAAUCAAUCUAGCUAUUUUCGUGCCAUACGGCAGAGUCAAUGCCGACCCUGGCCAGAUUCUAUACUUCUGUGGUUUAUACUUGACAAAACACCAGACUCUAUAAAUGGGCAGCAUUUCAACUUCUUUUGCCAAACAAAUCAAGUGAGCUCCUCAUCUCAAAAACAACCAAAUUCUUUCCCCACACAAUAAAAAGAAAAAGAAAAACGAAAUUCUUAGAAGAAACUACCUAGUUGCAAUGGCCUCUUCCAAUCUCUACAGUAUCCUAGUCAUUCUAGCAAUAUUUGCCCCUUCAAUUUUGGCAACAGAUUAUGUCGUUGGUGACAAUAAAGGUUGGACGAUUAAUUUCGAUUACCAAGCUUGGGCUCAAGGAAAGUUGUUCUAUGUUGGCGACAAUCUUGUUUUUAAUUAUCCAAAAGGAGCCCACACUGUGCUCAAAGUGAAUGGGACUGGCUUUCAGCAAUGUGCAGCUCCAUUAGACAGUGUGCCAUUAACAAGUGGAAACGAUGUGAUCAACCUCGCAACCCCAGGGAGAAAAUGGUACAUUUGUGGUGUAGGCCAGCAUUGUGAAUUGGGGAAUCAAAAGCUUGUUAUAACUGUGCUGCCAUCUUCAUCUUCAUCUGCUCCAAGCUCAAGCCCAAGCUCAUGGCCUAGCGCCACGGCUGGGCCAGGUCCCAGUACAUCUGCAGCAACAACUGUUGGAACAAGAUUUGCUUUGAUAAUGCUUCUUACUAUUGGCUUUCUUUGGAUGCUCAUGGCUUGA